AUGGCGAAUUUUGAACAUAAUGUGAUGGUUGCUUUGUAUUGGGGUGGCAAAAUAAUUACUGAAAUGAACGGAUUCAGGUAUACUGAAUGUGCUAGAAUGAUUAUUAGCAUGUAUACUUCAAUGAAGUAUGUUGAAUUGGUUGAAUUAUUGCAUGAGAAAAUGGGUACAACUAGUGAAAAUAUUCAAAUGGAUAUUUCGGGAAAAUAUCCUUGUUCGAUUCAAGACAAAGAAUCGAAAGAGGCAUGGAAAUGGUUUUUUAGGAAUUUGAGUGCACAUGUGAUAAAAGAUAGAGAAGAUAUUUGUGUUAUAUCUGAUAGGGCAAAAGGAAUCUUGACUAGUUUGCAGGAGUUGCGGCGAUUUCAAGAGCCUCGAACCUUCCAUCGAUUUUGCAUAAGGCAUCUAAAGAGCAACUUUCAAUCUAAAUUUCCAAACAAAGACCUCAGCAGAUUGAUGUGGAGGGCUGCUUCAGCCCAUCAAGUAAGAAAAUUUGAAUCCUUGAUUUGGCAAAUUAGAGAAGAAAAUGAAGAAGCAUAUGAAUAUCUCAUGGAAAUCCCCUUGGACAAAUGGACUGUUAGUCAUGAUGGUGGAAAAAGAUGGGGAGUGUUGACAACAAAUCUUUCAGAGUCGUUCAAUGGAGUGUUGAAAAAAGCACGAGGCUUGCCAGUCACUGCUAUGGUUAGACUUUCAUUAGAGCAAACUGUUGAACGAUACACUCGUAGGUCUCAAAAAGCGCAACAACUUUUAGAACAAGAUGAAUUGUGGACCGAAAGGUUCAAAAUGAAGUGGGAAAAGAACUAUGAAAGUUCAAAAAGGCACUUUGUUUUUUAUUGGAAUAUACCCACAGGGGUAUAUGAGGUUAAAUCUAUACAGGUUGAUGGUAAUGGUGGUAAUCCUCAUUGUGUUUCACUUAAUGAAAGAAAAUGUGAUUGUGGAAAAUGGGUUAAUUUGCAUUUUCCAUGUUCACAUGUCAUGAAGGUCACUGAUAGAAUGGGAGGGCUAGCUAGAAACUUUGUUAGUGAACAUUUCACUGUAGAGAAUUAUGUUGCAACAUAUUCUGGGUCCUUCUCACCAAUUGGUCAUGAGGCGUAUUGGCCAUCUCCUAAUUUUAGAAUGGAAAGUAAUGAAUUCUAUCGUCGUCUCAAUCGGUCAAGGACAACUAGAAUACCUAAUGAGAUGGAUCGUGGUGCUGCAGUAUAUGAGCGAACUUGUGGAUUAUGUAGACAAACCGGACAUGAUAGGCGUCGAUGUCCAAAUCGUAAUUAA